UCCUCCCGGAGGAACAGUGCGGAUUUCGACCCGGGCGAUCCACCGUCGAUAUGCUGUUUGUCGUGCACCGCCUUCAGGAGCUGGGGCGGAGAAAGAAAAUACCGCUCUCCAUGUGCUUCGUCGACUUGAAGAAGGCCUAUGAUUCGGUGAAGCGAGAGAUGCCUUGGAAGGUGCUGGCCAGGGCCGGGAUUCCCGCGAAGCUGAUCAAAGUCAUCCGCCAAUUCCACGAUGGAAUGCGGGCCCGGGUGCGCAUGGACGACGGAGAACUAUCGGACUGGUUCUUCGUGACACAGGGCGUGCGACAAGGAUGUGUGCUAUCCCCACUGCUGUUCAACAUCUUCUUCGCCAAGGUCCUCGAGGUCGUUGUCAUCCGAUUAAGCGAGGAUGAUGUUGUUCUGCGGAGCCUGGUGUGCUUGGCGGAGGGGAAGACGGAAGCUCGGGGUGGGAUGGAGACACCUCUUGACCGAGUACGGAGGGCAGUAUGGGGGAUGCUUUGUGCCGAUGACGCCGGCGUCGUAUCGAGGUCUGCAGAAGGACUGGCGAUAAUGAUGACCAUCAUCGUUGAGGUGUUCGGGGAGUUCGGGCCAACGGUGUCGGAAAAGAAGACGGAGGCGCUCCUGAUGCGCGCGAUCUACUCUAGGUGUCUUGCUGGCGGGUGGUGUCCCAAGUACUCGGAAUGGUUCGACGUGGGCCAAGGCCUCCGACAGGGAUGCAACCUGGCCCCGCUACUGUUCAACUUGUUCUUUGCGGCAAUGCUCAUGGUCGCCGUGACCGAGUUCGACAAGGACCCCAAGGUGACGGCGGACAUGGUCAAGAUCGGGACAUAAGUGGAGUACACGGGCAAGAAGGGC